UAGUGCCCGUGCUUUUGCUGCCUGUAUAAAACCUGAAGGUCCACUUAAACUCACUUACAGAUGGAGAGAUCCAGCCGCUUCAUUCACAGUCUAGUCAAACCGACGUGACAGCAGCAUUUGAGCCAAAGCACCGCUACUUUCCCAAGGCAUAUGUUGAGAGCUCAGGCUUUAGUGUAAUCAUAUAUCCAGGUGAGGUGAUCUGACGCACCGUUUUUCCACGCAUCUACCCCCUCCUGCGCUUCGGCUCCAUGACGGGACUGUGUGCGCUCUGCCUGACCGCGCUGCUCGCAGCAUUCGCCCGGCUGGCUGCAAGCGUCAGCCCAGUGGUCCGCUGCGAGCCAUGCGACGAAGUGGCGAUGGUGCUGUGUAAACCGCUGCCCCGGGACUGCGCCGAGCCGGUAAAGGAGCCGGGCUGCGGGUGCUGCAUGACUUGCCCGCUAACCGAGGGCCAGGCGUGCGGAGUGUACACAGGGCGCUGCGGUACCGGGCUGAGCUGUCAACAUCGCCCCGGGGAGAGCAAACCUCUGCAGGCUCUGCUGGAGGGACGGGGCGUGUGUGCGAAGACACCGGACAAAAAGCCCAGCGGCAAUCCAUCGCACGGACACGAUAACCCUGAAGAGGAAGGAGAGGAACAUAUCUCCAAUGAUACUAAGGCAACAGGCCCCGGGGGAGCUGAGACAGUCCAGAACACAACAAUUGUUUCCGGAGACACGCAGGGAGGGCCAAGGAUGGCAGUAGAGCCCAUAGAUACUAUGUCACACACCAAAGAGGAGAUGAUCAAAAGAGAUCAAUUGAAGAUACGUCAGAUCUUUAAAGGGGAACCAGUUUCCAGUGGGGUUCAUACAGAUAUUCACAACUUCAGUCUGGAGUCAAAAAGAGAAACUGAAUAUGGCCCGUGUCGUCGGGAGAUGGAGAGCAUUAUGAAGAAUUUUAAGAUCUCAAAUGUGCUGAACCCAAGAGGCUUCCGCAUUCCAAACUGCGACCAAAAGGGUUUCUACAAGAAAAAACAGUGCCGUCCAUCCAAAGGGCGCAGAAGAGGCUACUGCUCGUGCGUGGACAAGUAUGGACAACCCAUACCCGGCUACGAUGGAAAGGAGAAAGUCCACUGCAUUAACAUGGAGACAAAGUGAAGGGAAGAUAGAGGCAGAGCGGUGGAAACAGGGAGACAAAGAGAGAUAUCUCCCCUGAAGAACUACAUGAAUACAAAUUCAAAAGUGCUGUCCCAAAGCUGACCUCCCACUUGUAUGCUGAGGCAUGGACUCACGUGACCAGAACCUCACUUUACACUUCAGGAGAGUAGGGAGAACGAGAAGAGGAGACAGAGAGCGUGUCAUGUCUUCAGUUUUGGACUGUAUCCUGAGAGGGAAGUGUGAACAUAGUCAAAAGUACAAGCAAAUUUUAACUCCGUAAUGGCACACUAUGUCUGAGCAAAUGUACUCUUGUGUACAUGAGGGAGGUUGUGUACUUGUUCAGUCUCUCUCUUCUGCUACAGCGUGUAUUGCUCUCUGCCAGCGGCUCUCUCUAAGUCCUACUUCCGGUUUCUGCCCUCCUGGUGUAGGGUCGUUUAAACUGGGCAUGCUCAGUGGCACUAGGCGGCUCCAGCCAUAGACUCCAUCUGAAGCACAAGCACUUCAUGCACUUUGGCCCCUCCUGAACAUAUACUCCAGCCUGUCACUAGGCUAACAGAUAGAUAAAACAAUUCGACCAAUUGUAAACGAUUCUAUACCAGGACAUAUUUAGAUGAACGCCCCUUUUGUUUAUAUUAUCUUACAUCGGACGCAGAGCUCUUAGCUUGUGUUGUCGGGACAGCACUGAUAUGCUCCGCGUGGGCAUUAUCUCACUUUCAAAACAUCAUGAAGCACUUUGAUUGUUGCUCCAGUCGUUGACUAUCAUUGUCCAUCACAUUUCUAAGUCUUUGCUGAAAGCAUGUAUUUUGCGCGAAAUCCUGUUUAUGGGUUUGAAUGUAACCGUAACUCUACAGUGCCCUGAAUUACCGCUGCGAAAUCGGUGUAGCUAUGGCAGUUUGUGAAAUCGAUGCCUUAACAAAACCCAUGUGGAAAUGUGUCGCAGGUGUUUUCGCCCUCUGCCUCUCUAAAAAUCCAUAUCGAUCGCCCCAGUAGAAAAGCUACAGGCUAACAUGGUGGCCAUGUUGGAUAACCAGGGCUAGUGUUGUUGUCUCAAAACUGACCUCCUGAGAAAAGACUUGAAAGGUGGAGGGUGCCAGAGAGGUAGCCCACACGUUAGCUUAUUAGCAUAGCGUCGACAAAAAGCUCACCCCUUUCCCAAACAGCUAAAGAAAAGACAAACAAAAAUAUUUGGUGCUACACCUUAUCUGACUUGAUUAUGGGGAAAGAGCACACGAGUGUGCUAAGCUAUUAGCCCUUCCUUAACUUGUAAUUUUGUCUUGUGAAAGAUUUUUAUAUGAAUAUAUAUUUUGUUUCAGGCCAGCUAAAGAGGCAUGUGAACUUUAUGCUAUAAAGAUUAUUUAUCCAAGAAAGAAAUAUAAGCUGAUCCAAACUUUGUCUUUGAGAAAAAUUCAGUGACCCGUUGAUUGCACAGUAGUGAAACAUAGAACUCAGCAUAUUUUUGGGAAUAUAAUCACUAAAGUCUUUUGUUUUAGUUUUAGCUUUGUUGUUUAUCUACAGUGCGGAGUACGAUGUGUCUUUUGUUAGCUUAGCGAAGAUGCUGUCCUUGAAUCGUUUUGUGUAAGGUUUAGUUUAAAUCUUCAGGUUAUGUAGGCCUUCUAAGGUAUGAAUUAAGCUAAAUCUAAGCUUAACUUUAGCUAACCUAAGCUAAACUAAGCUAAAGUAAAGUGAACGCUAAGAUUCAGUAAAGCUGAGGCCAAGCUUCUGUUUCAAAGAAUAUCAAGGUCAAUGUUCAAGCUAGUUGAUCUUCAAGAAAGCUUGCCACCCUCAUUCUGUGCAAUGCCAGGGUCUCUCACCCGCAAGUCACUUUUAAAGAUCCCUCCGUUCACGGGUAAUUGCUUUUUUUUUUAAAUUUUGGUUCUUUAAAAAGCUUUUUAUGUUACUAAACUAGAAAUUAUACAGCUAUCACUUUCUUCAAGAAAGGAAAUGUUUUUGUUCAAAUAUAAUUGUAUUUCAUGCCUUUUUUUAAUAAAAAAAAUGUAAACACUAUUUUAUUUACACGAUGACAGACUGUAAUUUCACAACUUUGAGGGGAUUGUUCACCCUAAAAUGACAAUUCUGUACAUUUUGUCAGUGGAGUCUAUUGUUGUUCAACUGUUGUCAAGAGCAACUGACAAAAGCAGUUUUUCAAAAUAUCAUCUUCCACAAAAUAAAGAAAUGCUGGUUUGGAAUGACACAAGGGUGAGUAAAUGACAGAUUUUUGUCAUUCAUGGGUGAACUACUCCUGAAGUAUGCAGUUCGGAUUUGUUUUUAACAUAUGGAGGCCAUUCAUUCAUUUUAGAUAAGGUGACUAGUGUCACCGUCAAGAGUUUCAAAACAAUGGUUCUUUCACAGAAAGCUUAUAUGUUAGCUACAGUAAUUUUGUCAUUAGUAUAACAGAGUGCCGGGGGCAAUGGAGAUUUAAAAUCUCGUGUGUAACAGGUCAACAUCUUUGAACCGCUUCAUUUCACACUCUAGCUUGAGCCCCACGCAGGUCAUUACUCCUCAAAUCUACACACAGAGACCCCAUUCACAUUAGCAUAGUUAUUCACUUGUCCUAGCAAUGUCAGCGCAGGCAAUUCUCAAAAAAGAAGCUGCGAUGCCACAAUUCAUGAAAUGAAAUCGCUCAUAUACAUGAGGUCAAACACUCAGGAAGGUACUCUUUUUUUUUUUUUUUUUUUUCCAAUUUAUUUUAGGUGUCCAUGAAAAUACUAAUUGUAAAACCACAAACAAGGUGUUACAAUUGUGUUUGUUUGCUACUAAUCGAGUAAUUUAGACACCCCUAAUGUCAAGCAGGGAUGGAUUAUUUCAAUGAAGCAACUAAAUUUCGUCUCCUGCGGUUUACAAAACUGAGAUUAAGGUGUAAAGGGUGGUGCCACGGAGGCUGGACAUCAGGAAAAAGGGGGGAGGGGGGUACUGCUGGCCGGCCAGCACAAACACAGCCCAGGUCAAAGGCACCGUAGAGAGAGUGGAGCCCGGUUCCCCAAAAUACUGAGCUGAAAUUAGUCCGCCUCAUUUGAGAUUACCACGAUAAGGACACACAUAUGCGCGCACACAUAUGGUUCUGCCUGCAGGCAGUUUUAAAUAUAGACAAGACAGAACAUAAUCAAGCUUGGCAGGAGAAAUCGAGAAAGAAGUGGAGUUUUUUUGCACUUUGUGGUUUUUGUUAACCAGCUUCUCGUUAUGUUCAGGUGUUGUUGUUUUGUCCUGACAUUACUAAUUGAGUUUGAUUCAAUCUUGCUUCAUAGUUCACUGCAGCUUCUCGUCUGACCCGAGGGCGAGUUUAAACGGCUGACACUGAGGUGCUUGUAAAUAUGAUUUAUUAAAUAGUUCUUUUUUUACCCACAAUGACUUACAAUUACAAACCAUGAAAAAUAUAUUAUACACAUGAGCAACUGCUUUGGAGUGAAGCAACGUCUGGAUCUCUUUUCCUCAUCACUUAAAAAAAUAAUAAAUGGACCACAGUAUUAGACAACACAAGUAUGACCGACAAAUACAGUAAGACUGUAAUCUCACUUUGAUCAUACAGACAAGCAAUUUACAAACACUUGAUUAAUAAAAAAUCUUAAUUUAAAAGAGAGGUAGGAACAGGCAGGUACCCGUUUCAAAGCUGUGAAAAUCAAUACUCUUGCAUGUAAAAAACACAGAAUUGUGGGGAAAAAAGAUUCCCACUUUUAUGCCCAUCUAAUCUCAAUAUUUAUAAACAAAAACAGAAUUCAUUAGUAAAAUAUGAUAAUAAUAAUAAAAACAUAUACAGUAUAAAAAUAUGGCAAUGUAUGGACAGUGACAAAGAGGUUUGGUCAUGCAGUGCUUUUUUCCAUAUCAGU